GAAUAAUAUUAAAAGACGAUUUAAAACAAUUGUCUUCAAACACAUAUCGAGUUUAAACUUAGAACCCCAAACGUGCAUAUAAAAGACAUGGGCUAAUGUUAAAGUAUCAUAAUCCACAUACCACUUUCCAGUUUUCAAGACUCAUGAGUUAUGAUAUAGGCCUUACCUCCAGUUUGCAUUGAUAGAGCCCAUAACUCGAUUCCAUAACCUGCAAUUUCUCCAACCUCCUUUUGUCUUUCCUACCAGAAACAAAAAUGGCGACUAAUUUCUGGGCAUCCACACACUACAAGGAAUUAUUGGACCAAGAAGAAGUGGAUGUGGUGCAUAACCUCGAUAGGGAGAGGGGAAUUACCCUCGAAGAUUUCAAGCUCAUCAAGUUGCAGAUGACCAACUACAUUGCGAGAUUGGCUCAAAAUGUGAAAGUGAGGCAAAGGGUUGUUGCAACUGCUGUAACAUAUAUGAGACGUGUUUAUACAAGGAAAAGUAUGACCGAAUAUGACCCUCGUUUACUAGCUCCAUCUUGCUUGUAUUUGGCAGCAAAAUCUGAAGAAAGCACUGUGCAAGCAAGACUUCUUGUAUUCUACAUAAAAAAAUUCUAUGCAGAUGAAAAGUACCGAUGUGAAAUAAAAGAAAUACUUGAAAUGGAAAUGAAAAUCUUGGAAGCUCUCAAUUAUUAUCUUGUUGUCUUCCAUCCUUAUCGUGCAUUAUCUCAGUUGGUUCAAGAUGCUGGGAUGAGUGAUGCAACUCAGUUGACUUGGGGACUUGUGAAUGACACUUAUAAGACAGAUCUAAUUCUGGUGCAUCCACCACAUCUGAUUGGAUUAGCCUGCAUUUAUGUGGCAAGUGUGCUCAGGGAAAAAGAGAACACUGCUUGGUUUGAAGAUCUAAGAGUUGACAUGAAUGUGGUGAAGAACAUAGCAAUGGAAAUACUUGAUUUCUAUGAUGCCCAUAAAAUGAUAACUGAUGAUAGAGUGAAUGCUGCAAUGCAUAAGCUCACUAUAAGAACUUAAAAAGAUUUAGGUUUUCUCUGUAAGAAUGAAAAGCUAAGAGCUCAAACCAAAUGAUGUCAAAUGCUAUCCAAUGAAUUAGCCGAUUGAACAUUGAUGAAAACAGAGUUGAACAUGCUAUCGUUUAUGUCAAAAUAUACGUUUUCAUCUGAAAUCAAGGAUGAAUAAAGCGUUUUUGUUUUCAGAUUUCACUAAAAUAUCAAACAAUGAAAAAGACAAACAAAAUAGAUCUUUAGCAUCAUCAUCUUUUAACGAAAAGCCAAGUGCCAAGUUUUACAAUAAUCUCCUUCAUCUCCAACAAUAUAUUUUUCUUUCAUUUGGUUUUAGAGAAUGAUGGCUCACCCUUAACUU